AUGUGCCGUCUCGCGCUCCUGAGCGUGCUCGCCGUGGCCAGCGGCCUCGUGCACAAGGCGGGCCCCGUGAUCACGGCGCGCGUCGCGACGACGCGCGGCUCGGCGCUGUCGAUGAAGCUCUACGACUGGAAACGGCGGGAGUCCGUCGAGGAGGCGGGCGUCGACGCCUUCGAGUUCCGCGUGGACAACAUCCGGAGCGCGCCCGGGGCCACGAAGCGGAAGACGCGCAAGGGCCGCGGCAUCAGCGCGGGGCAGGGCGCGACGUGCGGCUUCGGCAUGCGCGGCCAGAAGUCGCGGUCCGGCCGGCCCACGCGCGCGGGCUUCGAGGGCGGCCAGACGCCCCUCUACCGGCGCCUGCCCAAGCUCGUCGGCCGCCCGACGGGCCCCGGCCACACGAACGAGGUCUUCUCGCUCAUCAAGCUCGGCCAGCUCUCGACGCUCGAGCCCAACAGCGAGGUCGACUACGCGGCCUUGAUGGAGAAGGGCCUCGUGACCAAGGCCAAGCAGGACAUCCUCAAGGUCGUCGGCUCCGCCUCCGACGACGUGCCGCUGCCCGAGGGCCUCACGGUCAAGGCGCACGCGUUCACGCAGAGCGCGCAGUCGAAGAUCGAGGCCGCCGGCGGCAAGUGCGUCCUCCUCUCGAAGACGACCAACGAGGUCCUCGCCUAG